UUUCACUUUAGCAGUGGCAUUUACCGAACAAACUUGAAUCUACGAAAUGCAAGGUCGCUCUUAUAAGAAAAACUGUGUAAUCGUGAGCUAGUGAAACAAUGCACAUUAUUUGUAGUUGAAUGAUAACUUUGCAGGAUAUUCAGCGAAAAACUUCAGUCUAUCCGAUAAGUACAAAAAGUAUAUUGAGAGCAUAAUUGUGCCUAACGGCAUGAUUAGGGACAGGUAUACUGAAGCAUAACAAAACAAUAACACUUCAAGAAUUGACAAAAUGUCGGUUGAUAUUUUAGAGUUUUUUGAAUCAAAUGACGCAACGUCUAUUAAUCUGUUGUGUGUUCUUAAAGGCGGAUUCAAAUUUGCGUCGGACUUGAGCGAAGAAAUGCACAAUAAUGCAUUCAGGAGAAAUCGAAACAUCCCUAUCAUCAUGGACUUUGUUGUUGCCAACAAAUAUGCUAAUGAUGAUGCCAUCGACAAAACAUGUUUCAAUUCAUACAGUGACUUAUCAUCUCUGAAAAACAAGGAUGUCCUAAUAGUUGAAGACUUAGUUGUCACUGGAAAAACACUGAACAAGCUAGUAGCUUACGUUGAGUCCUUCCAGCCACGUUCUGUUCAUGUAGCGUGUUUAUUGGUAAAACGUAGACCAGAUUGCUCGGGAUUUCAACCAGAUUUUGUUGGUUUUGAAAUUCCGAAUCUCUUUGUCGUUGGAUAUGCUAUUGAUUACAACGACUUUUUCCGGGAUGUUCCGCAUGUGUGCGUGAUAAAUAAUGAAGAGAAAAAGAACAUUUGUGGUGUCUAACGACAGCAGACAAGAAUAAAAGUGAAAUAAACGUAUGCCCUAAACGUUUACCAUUCAAUUUGUCAAUAAUAUCAGAUAGUCUAAUACCUUUUUUGAUAUAUAUAGACUUACAUGCAUACUUAUUGACUUAUAUUUCCUUCUAUUCAAGUCAAUUAAAAGUAAAAAAUUACUUAGUUCUACUUGAUGUUUGCAUUGUACAAUAUUGUUUUCUUAAUCAAAUAAUACCGGUUGCGAAUUAUCCAGUAAAACAACUUUCGAAUAA